CUUCAGAUCCGAGAGAGAACUUGCCAACUACAACAUUUCCGAAUCGCCCACAUGAGUUCUCCAUUGCGACCCAACAUGUCUGCUGCCAAUCGUGGCCGUCCGGUAGCGGGCGCCCGAAAGCGUGGACGAGAUGCAGAAGACGAUGUCCCUUCCUCCUCUGCCGCACCACCCUCAAGCCCACCCGCCUCGUCUCCCCCCGUAUUCCCUCACAACGACGACAUUGACGAAGAUGAUGUUCUGGACCCUGAAGACGACCUGAUCCUUGAUCUCGAAGAUGCGGACGAGAUGGCGGAAGAUGAAGCCGGCAUCGAUUUGUUUGGCGACAACUUCGACCGCGACUAUAACAGGAGAGAAGACAAAGGCUAUCGCGGUCGCAUGAUUGACGAUGAAGAUGAAUUCGAUGCCAUGGAUCCCGCGGCUCGCAGACAACUGGAAGCGCGACUCAACCGCCGGGACAGGGAACUUGCUCGUCAACGCCAAAUGCCUGCUGCUUUCCUACCUGAUGAGGAAGAAGAUAUUAUGGACCUCACCCGCCAGCCCCGCAGGCGCCGCCACCGGUAUGACGAGGAGCAGGACGACAUCGACAUGCACGAGGACAUUAUGAAUGAAGAACUCUCGCUUGAAGGCCUGGCAGAUGUCAAGGCUGCCUCUCUUACUGACUGGGUUGCCAACCCGGCCGUCCAUCGUACCAUUGCUCGCGAGUUCAAAGCCUUCCUCACAGAAUACACGGACUCGACCGGCAUAUCGGUGUACGGUGUGCGCAUCAGAACGCUCGGCGAGGUGAACGCAGAGUCACUGGAAGUCUGCUGGGACCAUCUGUCCGAGUCCAAGCCCACAUUGGCCUACUUUUUGGUCAAUGUGCCCUCCUCCGUCCUCCCUAUCUUCGACGCUGUCGCCAUGGAUGUGACACUUUAUCACUACCCAGACUACGAACGGAUCCACUCCGAGCUGCACGUGCGCAUCACAGACUUGCCUGUUUCCUACACGCUCCGACAACUCCGCCAAAGCCAUCUCAACUGUCUGCUGCGUGUCAGCGGUGUUGUGACGCGACGCACAGGAGUCUUCCCGCAAUUGAAGUACGUCAAGUUUGAUUGCACAAAAUGUGGUGUGACUUUGGGACCGUUUCCGCAGGACAGCAAUUCCGAGGUCAAACUGUCUUUCUGUCAGAACUGUCAAUCUCGUGGGCCAUUCACCCUGAAUAGCGAGAAGACGGUCUACCGGAAUUACCAGAAGCUCACUCUGCAAGAAUCUCCCGGAACUGUGCCAGCUGGCCGUCUGCCUCGUCACCGGGAAGUCAUCCUACUCUGGGACUUGAUUGAUUCUGCGAAACCCGGCGAGGAAGUUGAAAUCACGGGAAUCUACCGCAACAACUACGAUGCUCAGCUGAACAACAAGAACGGCUUCCCCGUCUUUGCCACAAUCAUGGAAGCGAACCACGUAGUCAAAUCCCACGAUCAACUCGCAGGCUUCCGGCUGACGGAAGAAGACGAACGAGAUAUUCGAGCUCUUUCGCGCGACCCGAGGAUCAUCGAGAAGCUCAUCCAAUCGAUGGCUCCUUCCAUCUACGGGCAUGAUGAUAUCAAGACCGCUGUCGCUCUCUCGCUGUUCGGGGGUGUUUCGAAGCUGGCACAAGGGAAGCACGCUAUUCGAGGCGACAUCAACAUUCUCCUGCUCGGCGAUCCCGGUACAGCCAAGUCGCAGGUUCUGAAAUACAUUGAGAACACAGCGCAUCGGGCAGUCUUCGCUACCGGACAGGGUGCUUCAGCAGUUGGUCUUACAGCCAGUGUCAGGCGGGACCCGCUCACACAAGAAUGGACGCUGGAAGGAGGCGCUCUCGUGCUGGCCGACAAAGGCACCUGCUUGAUCGACGAGUUUGACAAGAUGAACGACCAAGACCGUACGUCCAUUCACGAAGCCAUGGAACAACAGACAAUCUCGAUCUCCAAAGCCGGCAUCGUGACCACACUGCAAGCUCGAUGUGCAGUCAUUGCCGCCGCCAAUCCGAUCGGCGGACGCUACAACGGCACCGUGCCUUUCAGCCAGAACGUCGAGCUGACGGAGCCCAUCCUCUCCCGUUUCGACAUUCUGUGCGUCGUCAGAGACACCGUCGAUCCCGCCGAAGACGAGCGCCUUGCCUCCUUCGUCGUCAACUCCCAUGGCCGCGCCCAUCCCGUCAUGAGCAGUGCCCUCGGCGCCCAAACGCAGACAACCGCCGCAGCGAACGAAGACAGCAUGGACACCGACACGCAAGGCCAAUUCCGCAAACCCACCGGCGAGAUCCCGCAAGACCUGCUGCGCAAAUACAUUCUCUACGCCCGCGAGCACUGCCGGCCCAAACUCUACCAAAUCGACCAGGACAAGAUCGCGCGCCUCUUCGCCGACAUGCGCCGCGAAUCCCUCGCCACAGGCGCAUACCCCAUCACUGUAAGUUUCCUUCCUUUCCUCCCUUCUUAGCGUGCACAUUGCUCAUGCCCACCAGGUGCGCCACCUCGAAUCCAUCCU